UCCUCUUGGUUUUUCCAUCAUUCCUUUAUCCAGAUGUCUGUUGCUAAAACAGAAAUGCUACAUAAAGUUAAUUAUAAACAGAUGCUAACCAGACGUCAGCUGAUGGUACAACAGGCAACUACCUGAGAAACCUGAGCAAGCCCUAGAAAGGAAGAGUGAAGAAAUACAAGACAUGAGACUACCAGAAAACAAGGGGGAACAACAGAAAAGCUCUGUCUGAGAGCAGUGAGAAAGGCAGAGAGGGGUGUGCGUGGGUAUGAGAGAAAGACAGAGAGAGAGAGAGAGGAGGGAGCGUGUGAGACAGGGAGGCAGUCUGUCAUUGUGAAACAGCACUGGCUGGAAUACACAUGUGAGUUUGCAGUUCCUCUUUGCGAACUUGAAUAGAGGCCAGUGCAGUCCUGGAGCUGGAGCAGUCAGAAGGGGGAGGACUGACCAGCAUGGAGCUUCAGUCACCCCAAAAGAGCUGAAUAACAGCACAGCACAGCUCCGACGAGACGGAGAGAACAAGGCAGACAAGAAAAGAAGGGAAGAUCCCCUCGGAAGUGUUCUUGUAUGUAGGUAAUAUGUGACGGGAUUGGAGUAAGUGACAGGUGAGGAUGUCCAGGAGCAGCUCCACAGGGGAUCUGGUGCCCAAGGACAUCAUGGAGAUGCUGGCCCUGCAGAAUAAAAUAACAAAGAGCAGGAAGAAGCGUGGCUCAUCUCUGAGUCGGACUUUCAGCUGGUUUAAAGGCAGUAAACCAAAGAGGCUUGUCAGUAAUGGUCAAAGUCGGUCAGGGAGGUUGGGAGAUUGGACUGGAGAGUGUACUACCACCAGACAGGAUGCUGACGAUCAUGACGUUUCCAAAGCUGGACAAAAGAAAGAUGAGCAUAUGAAACUGACAGUGCAUUAUACAGCCUCCCAACACUACCAAGAGAAUGUGUUCAUUGAAGGUAGCAGGCCAAAGUAUCUGGAAGAUCUGCACACUGAAGCCCAAGAAGGACUUAAAAUACUACAACAGGAGGAGCAUAACAUUGCAAGGGAUCUUGAGGAGGAUCAGCCUGUUUCCACAGUAAUGGCACAACAAGAAAAUUAUGUCAACUGUGAAGAAAGAGAUGGACAUCUGAGCUUUGACAGCACUGCUGACCACUCCAUUACAUCAGUGUCUACUGUAUCUGCAGUGUCCUCAAGACCUGUGCUAACACGACAAGGUUCGACAUUUAAGCCUUUGAACACUGUGAAGAGGCUGGACAACCCAAGAAAAAGGAGUAGAAGAACAACAAUUAUGGGCAUACCACAACAGGUUCAGAGAGAACUAUCUAUGGGGAGGGGAGCUUUACUACAACUCCCAACUGAUGAAGAUGAUGAUUCAUCUGGUAGAAUCAUAAUCCCAACAAUUGAUGGAGAGGUGCCUAUAACAAAUCAUGAAGGGGCACGUGUACACCUACAGGAUAUUGAAGCCCUUCAGAUUUCCAGAGAUGAUCAACUUCUCAGGCACCACAUACAUGCUGUGUACAGAGACGACUUCCUUCUAAAUACCAAAUCUGGACCACAAAUUUCCCAGAGACCCAGGUCUCUUGCUGUACCUGGAAUAACAACUUCCUCUGCCCUCUUGCAAGAACCACAAGGUCCCGUGAUGUCUAUCUCACCACAGGCUACCUAUUUAUCCACAGUUAUUCCUAAUGCAAUUCUACCUUCUGCAAUAGAUGUGAUAGAAAUUGAUAGAAGCUGCAACCGGCGGAGUGUACGUACAGUUAGCAAGAGCAGCUUAGCACCUGCAAGUCCAGCUUCUUCACGCUCAGGAGGUGGUACUCAUGAUGAACCAAAUUCCACCAGCUCUAAAUGGAGCCAUUCACAAUCUUCUGAGACUAUUGUCUCCCACACCUCCACCAUCUCCUUCAAAGGAAGCAUACCAUCUUCACAUGUAACAGACAGCAUGAAGGAAGUCACAGAUUUAAAUGAGGAACAGAUGAGUUUUAAGAGCUUAGUCAGUUGCUCAAGUUCCACCAGUAAAGCAGGCAGUCAGAGACUGGAACAAGGGGAACUAAGUGAUGCUGCAGAGACUGCCCAAAACAGUCGAUUGUUCUCUCGUAAUCUGUCAGUAAUGAAGGCUAAACUACCACCAGCACCACCAAGGAGAACAUACUCUUUACACCUUGAAAACCUUAAGCAAAGGCCAAGGGAACUGGGAGGCAAAAAAGAUUUAAAAUACCUAGGAUCCAAUGGCAGGCAACUGGAUGCAGAUCUUAAUAUGAAAGAAGAUUCUACAUUAUCCUACACUGAAAAUAUCUCUACCCAGUCUCCAUUAUUUGAUGAAUCUAAAUUAUCUGUGACUGCCAGUCCACUCAGACCUGUUCAAGACUCUAUUGAAGCUCAAUCUGAAUCAAUUAACUCAUCCCCACAGGAUAUAUUUGAAAGAACACUAUCACCUUCAAGUGGAUACUCAAGUCAAAGUGGAACACCUACCCAUUCUUCUAAAGACAUCUGUCCUACCUCUCCUGGAAAACAGAAGUUGAAGCCGCCAAAGCCAGAGAGGACAGUGACACGAAUUUCUCCUGCAGUGUCAGUCUCAUCAUCCUUGGUUUCCCUGUCAUCAAAUGUAUCAGAUCCAGCCAAUCAGCUUAAACAAACUCACACCACCCAAUCACAGCCACCAAAGAUCUCCCCUGCUACAACAACAAUAAAAAACAAAGUGACUCCACUACCUACGGCAAACCUCAGGGAAUUGUUUAACAUUCCUCCUCCACCUAAGGUAAAAGCGCCUUGUCCCCCACCCCCUGAAACCUGGGCUCACAAUGAACGCACAACCGAACUUUUAUGUGGUCCAAAUCCAAGUGCCCGCAGGAUAUUUGGGCUCCAAAAACAUUAUCAAACAGACAUUUUAUUGAUGAAAAAUCAGACCACAGCAGAUACCACUAACCUAACUUCUGGACAAAGACAGAUAUCAGUAGAAACUGAAAUGAAUGGAACCCAUUCAGAGAAUAAAGCUGCAAUGUCUGAUAGAAAGGAUGAGCAUAUGCUAGUGCAAGAACAAGUUCCUCUGGAUGAAAGGGAACAAGUGAGUCAUGUUAUAAACAAAAGAGAGCAUGUAAAUUCAGAAGAGCUCAAAAGUGAGGAGGAAAGUCCAGUAAAUUCCAAGAAAUUGCAAACAGCAGACAAGGUUAAUCAAAUAUUGCUGUUAAAAGAGCAAUGUGUCAGCAAGUCAUGUCAUGUUAGCAUUGGCGGUUUGCCAGAGAAUGACCUUUCAACCCCAGAGACAGAGAGAACUGACACAGAAGACCAAUGUUUUGUCAAACAAACCACUGAUAAAGAGAUUCCCAAACAUAAACUCGCACGUAAUCUAAGUGUAGAAGGUCCUAGAGUCAUUGGUAUCCUUCCAUCUCCCUCUCCACCUCCUGAACAUUCUCCUCCUCCACCACCCUCUAAAACGUUUUCAGUAUGCUCAGUGUCUGUACUAUUACAGGAGGAAGAAGUACAGCCUGAGAUGGAACAAGGACUUCUCACUCUGGAGCAUUCCUGGCCUCCACCACCUCCUCCUUUGGACGAGUCAUCUGACUUGGUAUUUGAAGGACAAGAUGAGAUAGACUUCCCUCCACCUCCACCACCAGGCAUGCAAGACUCAUUUAUAGUCAUAUCAGAGCACUACAAGGUAGAAUCAUCAGGACAGAGAGACAGCGUGGCUCCAGAGAAGCCACCUGAUUUAUCAGAUAUAUCCAGUCACACUGAGCAAAAUCAAGAGCCACAAAUUAUUCAGAGCACAACAUUAGUGGAGAAAACAAUAAAUGAAUCUCUACCAGUUGAUAGCAUUCCAAAUAUGUCAGAUGACAAAUUGUUGGAUCAAACACAUGACAAACCACAAUCGUUUGAGAAUGUUUCCCAAGUUUGCAUUGACCUACUUGGUUCAGAAACUCCUGUACCUUCGGAAAUUUCUUUGAAAUCUUCCAAAUCACAUAAUAUACCUUUACAAACUCUGCCUCAAGAAACCCUUCUUUCACCUCAACAUGAUCCUCUGAAUCCACCAGCCACAUUACCUAGAGAUUUAUCACAACACACGUCUCAUGCUCCUGCACUCUCUACUGAUUUGAAAAUUACACCUCCCCUUCCAAUGGAAGAUCAGUCCACAGUUAAUUUCAAAAGACAACCAAGUCUAAUAAGUAAAGAUAGCAGAUGCAAAGGACUUUCAUCAUCGCAGAAAUGUGCACCUAUUCCAAAAGAGGAUGCAAACAUUCCUCUUGUCACACCUUCCCUACUUCAGAUGGUGCGUCUGCGGACUGUAAAUGUUGAAGACCAAGUUAACCUUCUAUCACAAGAAGAUACAGCUGGUACUGAGACCACCCCAGACCAAGAUCUGUCUGUGUCUAUUCAAGUAAUUCCACAAAAACCUGUUCGCAAAUCCAUGCAGUCUCCUGUGAAGUCAUCCUCUGCAUCCUCGGGUCCUUCCAUGCGCCUCCAAGAGGCUAUACGUAUGAAGACAGCUGCAAUGUCUUCCAGUGGCUUCCCAGCAAGGCCCAGUCUACGUUUGCCAACCCCAACUGCAAACAGCAACGACAUGCCUGCACUGUCCCCUAAAACACCUGAUGAUUGUAAGUCCCCUGCCUCUACAGCCAGCUUCAUUUUCUCCAAGAGCACAAAGAAAGUAGUCAUUGAAACAGCCACAUCACCAGAGGCCCAGGCCAGUCUCAAGCAGAGCCUUGCAGCAGAGCUCAUGCAAAUUUCUGAUCAGCAUAAAUCAAUGGUUACAAAUGGAACAAAGAAGCAUCACAAGGUGCCACCACCUGUUGCAAAGAAACCAGUACAUGUAACAAGUCCAUCAGAAAAAGUUGGAACUGUCACAAAGCUUACAAUACUGGGCUCUUCAAGUAAGCAAAACAAUGGAGUAGCAAAUAAUCAACAGACUGACUGAGAGCAACCUGCUGGCCAGUGAGUGCCCUCCACCACAGGUACAAAAGAAAAGACUACACGGUGUCUUGAAUAAUGCUUUGGGAGAACUGUCCAACACAAGGAAAACAAUGUUAGCAAAGACAAUGUGUAGCAAUCAUGGACAAUGUCACUGUUCUAUUGUAAAUGCCUUAGCCUGAAUAUGGCCUUCAUAUUUAUGCAAAAAAAAAAAAAAAAUUGGAGUUGGUUCCAGUUCUUUUGAUACAAUAGCUUUACCGUAGCUUUGGCAUAUUUUUCUACACAAUACAAUUUUUGUCUCUUGUAGUAAGUUUUAAGCCACCUUAUGGUAUUACGGGUGGCUGCUGCAGUUAGAUUUUGUAAAUUCCUCAGUUUAUUCUUUGACUACAAUGUUAAUCUAUCAUCUAGUGGUUAUAAUGGGUAGUAGUCACUGCUGAUCAAAGAGCUUUUUCCCAACACAAAUACACAUUUUUAUGCUCACAAGUACAUAAUUUACCCUCCAUUUACACUAUGUGGCCAAAGGUUUGUAGACACCUGACCAUCACACCCAUAUGUACAUUUUGAACAUUCGAUUCCCCCUUUGCUGUUAUAAUAAUGGCCACUAUUCUGGGAAGGCUUUCCACUAGACUUUGAAACAUUUGCCAAUUCAGCCACAAGAGCAUUGGUGAUGUCAGGCACUGAUUUUGGGCAAGAAGGCCAGCAUUCCAGUUCACCUCAAAGGUGUUCAAUGAGGUUAAGGUCAGUGCUCUGGGCAGGACACUCGAGUUCUUCCACUCCAACCUUGACAAACCAUGUCUUCACUGUCUUCACUUUAUGCACAGGGGCAUUGCCAUGCUGGAACAGGUUUGGGCCUCUUAGAGUGAAGGAAAUUUUAAUGCUACAACCUACAGAGACAUUCUAUACAUUUGUUUGCUUCCAAAUUUAUGGCAACAUUUUGGGGAAGAACCUCAUAUGGGUGUGAUGGUCAGGUGUCAACAUACGUUUGGCCAUAUAGUGUAUAUGUGGAGUGGCUAAUGCUAUGCUAAUACAUUUUGAGAAUGUAUAUAUUUACAUAUUAAUCAAUUUUAUUUGAAACUUACAGAAUUGGCCUCCUGCAUCUGUAUAAUAUGAUACACAUGCUUAAAAAAACAUCACAGUAUAUAUUGAAUGUGCUUGAGAGAUGGGAUUAAUGUUUAUUAUAUUAAAAUGACCUUUUAUUAUAAUUAUUUCUAGAAAAAGCACUUUCCAAGCUACAAAUGCAGAACUAUUUCUAAUGAAAUGACCAAGGCAGUAAAAUUUCUGUAUGUUCCCUGUAAAAUUGAUAUAAAAAAAAAAUAGCUGCUACUUUAUUAAUGUCACAGCACAAAUAGAAUUGACACUUUGGAGAACAAUGUUGCAUUACAAUAUUUGGCUGUUAAAAGUAUUUGGCUAUUUUGGUUUUACAAGUUAAAUCAUGAAUUAGUUCUGGCAUUGUGGAGCCUAUUUUACAAUCAUUUUAGUAAAUUAUACCAGUUAUUUUCAACACCACCAAGUAUUUUCCAGUAUUCUCAAUUAUAUGCAAUGUAUUUUCUCUAUUCAAGUAAAAAUAUCAUUUCAUGUUCUAUAAAACAUUUUGGUCUGAAUGUAUCUUUUGACAUUUUUUGUUUAUAUCUUGCUAAACUGAUCGUUGUCAUUUACACUGUAAGUACAAGUAACAAAAAUUCUCAAAACUGUCAGUGAAUAACAAGGUAAUAAAGUGUGCAAAGUCAUUUGAAUGGGAAACAGCCAAACAGGAUUGAAUCAAAAUGGAAACAACUGUUUUGUUUGGGUUUUUUUUUUCUUUUACUUUUUAUUUAUUAUUUGUUUAUUUCUCUUAUAUACUCUAAUAAAAGCAAGUCAACAUUA